AUGUUAUCAAUUGUGGUAAUUUCCAACAUUACGUUACAGUUUGUACGUCACAAUUUUGGAAAGACACUUAACAUGAAAACAACGGAAACGGUGCAUAUUGAUAAACUUCCUUUCCUGAAAAUGAUUUUGCAUGCUGCGAAACAUCCAGAAAGUCCUGUCAGCGGCCUUCUUUUAAGUGACUGCAACCACGACUCUGAAAUAACAAUCACUGACUACAUCCCUCUGUUUCAUACCGUUCUAAAUUUGGCACCCAUGCUGGAAACAGCCUUGUAUCAUGUGAGUCAACCUUACAGUUUAUAA